AUGCCACCAUCUGGACGCAAGGGUAAGGCCCGUGCGAAGAAAGCGGUGCCUAUGGAAGAUACACAUGUGUCAGACGUCGAGACACCCGACGCCAUCGCAACGCCAACUCGUUCUUCCACGAGGAAGAGAGCGCGUGAACACGAACCAGUGCCUGCCGCUCCACCUGCCAGGGCGAAGAGACAACGGAAGCCAAAGGAUGCAACGACGCUAGGGCGAGAAGACACAGAAGGCACGGAGGCACCGGAGCAAAGCGAGAACGAAACGGAGAUUACCGGCCCAUCUGAGCAGGACAUCAUCCAGCACCUGCAGGUAGCGAACCGUCAAGUCAAUGCGACCGAGGACUACGCGAACGAUCUUCUAGAAGGUCAGGAGCACGUGCCCGGUUACGGGAAGAUUGCAGGCCGUGACUGGUCGUUCAUCAUCCGCAACCUGGAGGUCAACAUUGGGCGGCCGGAGGCUCAUGAGAAGUUGGCGGUCGCUGAGCCUGGUGAGGCACCCGCACCUUCCGCCAAAACGGUGAUAGACAUCGACCUAGGACCGGAUCGGCAGGUAUCGCGCUCGCAUGCAAUCAUUGCAUAUGAUUCUGAUGAGGCGAAAUGGUUCAUCAUCGUAAAUGGAAGGAACGGUUUGCGCAUCGACAACACCCCGCUGAAGCGCGGAACGAAGAUGUAUCUACGCAACGGCUGUGUCAUCGAGAUCGCCAACACUCAAAUGGCUUUCAUCACGACCGCUACUGCCGCCGGUGAUGGGCCGAUAUGGGAUGCGUCGAUCCUGAAGCAGGCUCAGAAGUCGUCAGAGGAUGACGAGGAUGGCGAGGACCCCAAUCUAGAUGGACGUCGUCAACAGAUGCACACUGCUCCACGCGCACAGCUCACCGAGAACGGCGCAUACACUCCCGCAAUCAGUGGUCAGCAACAGCAGCAACGCAUGCACCCACACUCGCAGCGCGCAAUGCCGAUGCCUGGCACACCAAUGCGAUCUCAACAGCAGAUAUUCAAGUCUUCGCCGGCAGCCAACUAUGCGCGCGGCGUGAUGAUGGAGUCGACGGAAAGCAUUGACUACGCCAGCGAAAACUCCAAAGACCUCAAGCCGCCACACUCGUACGCCCAGCUGAUCGGCAUGGCCAUCCUCAGCGUGCAGGAACAAGCAAUGACGCUUAACAACAUCUACAAGUGGAUCAUGGCCAACUAUGCUUUUUACCGAUUCAACACCGGUGGCUGGCAGAACAGUAUCCGGCACAAUCUCAGCCUGAACAAAGCUUUCACCAAGAUCGCGCGUCGCACGGAUGAGCCCGGCAAGGGCAUGAAGUGGGUGAUCGAGCCUACGGAAUUUGACACAUUCGUGCAGCAGGGUAUGAAAGGGUGUCGCCGUCCGGCGCCUUUGCCCGCUACGCAGAGCACUUUCGGCUCGCCUCAAAGCCCUGCUCAAGCCCGUCAUCUCAUCGACGGGAGCAAGCAGGAAGAUGACACACCGCCGAUGCAAGCUUACCCUUCAUCUUACCCGACCGCAAACGAGGCUUACACGCCUGACCGCGGUCCCAAGCGGCAGAAGGACGCUCACGUCGGGCUGGGAAUUCACGGCGAUACUGAGAUUGACUUUAUGACGCGCUCGACGCCUCGUAACGGCCUGACAGCCAUCGCUAACGCGGCAGGCUCUCCUCCAGCUCUCUAUAUCAACGAUGAGGGUCGGAUCGGUCCGCUCGACACGCCAUUCCCGCUGCGUCCAAGCCAGCGUUUUGCGCCCCCCAGUACAUUGAAAAGACCUAGCGACUUUAUCCAAUUCAGCAGCCCUGCACCGUUCUGGAAGAUGGAGGGGUUGGUUGGUAGUACGCCGUUUAAGCCGUACGAUCUCAGUCCACUCAAAACGCCGUUUUCGGGGCUCAAGAAGUCUGAGGUCAACGAGACGAAGGAGGUUCAUGCUGACGACGACGAGGAGACAAAGCCAGCAAAUGCUGAACAGCAUGAAGGAGCCAACGGCAGGAACAGCCCGGUCAUCCACUCCAGCAGCCCGCCACCGCAUAGCGCCGGUCCUGCGCUGGAUGGUAGCCCUACGAUGAGCCGUCCGGCGACUGCGGUGGCGAAGACACUGAGUCAGAUGGCUGCGAGCGGUAAGGAGCAGGUCGCCAAGCAGCCUGCCACCGAUCUUGGCGGCAGUGUGCGGGAGGAAGCUGUAAGUGUUGCAACUCAACUUCAAAGCCCUCCAGCCCCGGCUCCGACACAACAGCCGCAGGCGCCUGUUGCGGCUCCUACUCCUAUCCAUACUCCCGCGAUGGACAUGCAGUCCCAAUCGCAAUCGCAGCUCAACGGCUACAGCCACCAGCCCGUGGCGCAGAUGAACGGGUAUUACAUGGACGAAGGAGAAGACGAAGGGAUCGAUCUCGCAAAAGGCUUCCAGCCAAUCGGAGCAUACCACCAGCGCAACCAUAUGGCGCUGGGAAUGGGUCUUGCGCCGGCGUUCGGACGGUGA